UCCAACUCCGUACCCAAAUUGCCACCUCCGCCUCAACAAAAAAGAAGGCUUGUACAGAACAUUGGAACCCAAAGCCGGAGCAGGAGGGGCAGAAAGAAGUGAGUAGGGGUUCUCUCUGAUCCUCUCUAUUCUAUUCUUGUGGGAUGUCGAGCCUCCGCCCAUGGCGGUGCCACCAUCUGUAGUUGCGCACUCCUCCUCCUCCUUCCUCCUAUUCAUCUCCUCCCUUUCUCUCUCCCUCCUCUUCCUCCUCCUCCUCCUCUACCUCAGGAACAAGAAGCGUGGGCAUCCGUGGCUCGGAUGCCGAGAAAAGGAGCACCAUCACCUCCGCCGUGACCUCUCCGCGUGGGACCCACCUCCGCAGCCGCCCAAGGACGGCGGGGAGAAGGACGCGGCGGAGCCGGCGGGCGGUGAGGACAAGGGCAGGAGAAAGAAGGCGAGGAAGAAGAGGGGGAUUUGUCGAGGGGGAUUGGAAGGGGGAGAUAACGAUGGGAACGCGGCGGCGGCGUAUGGAAUGGGAGAGGUGGGGAACCGGAGGAUGGACCGCAUCUACCCGUUCUCCUCGUUUGCGAGCUCGACGCAGAGGAGGAUCAAGCUACAGUAUGAUGAGAUCGUCGAGUCCAAUAAAGCCAAGACCUUGACAGUCGCUCAGGUUGGUCAGUUCAUCAACUGUCUGGUUGAUGCAAGAAAUGAAUUGCAGCGCAAGUCAGAGAUUAUUCAAAGGAGUUUCAAAAUAAAGAAAGCAUUAUUGUAUAAAGCUGACAGAUCUUCUUUUGAUCGUCUUUGCCAACAGAUAUACAAACUAGAAGCUGAGCACAAGAGAGUGGAGGAAGAUGCAACUGUUUAUAAUCUACUUCAGGAGCAGCUCAAGCUCUCACCAGCAUAUAAAACAAUGCUUGAGGUUAGCACAAACAUGGAGCAGAAGGCUGAAUCAGACCAAGCUGCCGAACUGCCUGAUAUCUCAUUCGAGGAGUUCUUAGCUCAGGAAAAGAAGGAUUUGUUCUGGCAAAGAAACCGCAAGCUGAGAUAAUUAUCUGGUGUACAUUUGCUGUCCAAAGAGUUUAUUCAACCACAGUAGGACUGUUUUCUUUUUUCUUUUGGGAUGUCCAUGUGCAUCUCUCAGUGUUGUCUUCAAGUGCUCUUUUAACUGGCUGUAGAACUUGUGGACUGCUAUCAAGCAUAGAAGAGUGGAUACUAAUUGCUUACAGGUCUGAUGUGUUAUUUGUUGGUCCUCAAAUUUAGGUCUGUGAUGUUACAUUGUAAACAUAUUUGCUGAAUCCAUACUAAGAGAUUUGGGCUGUUUUUGAUAUAUGUAAAACUACAAAUGUAUGAAGUUACAAAUUGUUUAGAGUUA